AUGUACUCAACAACAGAAAAGAAACGAAAACGACUCUCCGAAGAAGAGAUACCCUCACCAGAGCAAAAAGAUUUCAAACAAACCAAGCUUACCGUUCCGUCUUCCUCAUUGGUAAAAGUUCCCUUAUUGAAACAAGAUCAUGACAUUCCCGGCUUGUACAUAGCAGAAAAUUUCAUCACCAAAGAACAAGAAAUUGAAAUGAUGAAAGAAAUUGAUAAACGAGAAUGGAAUUCAGAGCUAACAAGAAGAACACAGCAUUACGGUUACGCUUAUAAUUACUCUUCAAGAAAUGUGAAUAACAGCAACGGCCAGUCAGCACCGCCAAUUCCUGAAGUAUUUCUGCAUACGUUAAAGAAUAUCAAGGAAUUGGCCUCUGAUCUAAUUGGAUCGGUGGAGUUCAAGCAAGUUAUUGUUAAUGAAUACAAGGGCACCAAUCAAGGUAUUUCAAAGCAUGUGGAUCAAUGUCUUGAUUUUGGACCUUUCAUUAUCAUUGUUAGCCUUGGCGAUGAUUGUGUUAUGAAAUUCCACAAGCUCGAACGAGUGAGUGAAGAAGAAUUGGUUAAAAAGAGCGUAAAAAGAAAAGAAGUGUCUCCGUCCGUUAUUGUUGAUAAACUUCUCUCUAGAAGAUCGUUAGUAAUACUCUCCAAAGAUGCAAGAUAUCAGUAUCAGCAUGAAAUUCCCAAAACGAAAACCUUUAAGGUCAAAAACAAGGUAGUGAAAACAAGAACACACGGAUAUAGAAGGGUGUCGGUUACGUUCAGGUCAAUUCUUUCCGAUUUAAAGUGA